AUGGCCCUCCUUCUCCCCCUUCUUCUUCUCUUCAAUGUCCCCUCUGGCCCUUGGCCUCACCGGUCUAUCCCCAUUGAGCCCGCUGGUUUUCUCCGUUCGAACAUUCCAAGACAAGAUGUCCUCUUCCAGAAUCUCGGAACAACCGCAGAGGUCGUGUUGAAGGGGACCACCCUGGUUGGCGGAGUAGGUGAAUUUCAAUUGGAGCAAUUCCACUUUCACACGCCAAGUGAACAUCGGAUCCUUGGGCAGCAUUUCCCCUUGGAACUGCAUCUGGUUCAUUCGCAGAUCGGCAAUCCAUCGCAGAUUGCUGUUGUUGUCCUUCUGUUCCAGGUGACUGGUCGCCGGGGGUUCUCCGACAUCGAACGUGUCAUUUUCCAAUCUUCACGCAUCGGCAGGCCUGGUCAACAAGUCGGACUUCGUGGCUUCGACUUCAGUCAGCUCUCUCGCACUAUUUCCUCUGUGCCAAUGUUCAGAUACACCGGAAGCCUGACUACUCCUCCUUGCACGGAAGGCGUGGUCUUCCUCAUCGCGACGCAGCCGCUCUUUAUCAACGUCGAUUCCUUCAACUUACUUAAAGGUGUUACCCGGUUCAAUUCUCGAUUCCUGCAGCAAACUAUUCCAGCUAAACAAAACAUUCUCUUGUCGGGAAUGCACAAUAUCGGCCUUACCACGCAAAAUUGCGCAAGCCUUGUAAAUGGUAUUGAGCUUAUUGGCCAGCCAGGAGCUGGACAGCCCCCGGUCGGCGAGGCUGGAGGACAAACCGAAAUCGUGUCCACCAUCGUCAACGGUAACGUUACGCAAGUAGUUACCCAAACUCUUAACGAUGUUCAACAGACAGAAGCAGCAACCCUCAGCGUGACUGAGACUCAACAACUCGGAGAGACAACAACUACCGAAAAUGUCGUUGCUACUGAGACCUCGAUUAGGGAUGGGCAACAAGAUCAGGACAGGGACGAUGAUCAGGACCGGGAUCAAGAUCAGGACCGAGAUCAAGACCGGGAUCAAGACCGGGAUCAGGAUCAGGAUCGGGAUCAGGAUCAGGAUCGGGAUGACGACCGGGAUAGGCUUCAGGACUUGGAGGGUGACCAGCUGAUUCAAACUGAGAAUAUUACUGCCGCUACCGCGGUUCCAACCAACAGCUUCAACCCUCUUGGUCGACGAGUGUACUAA